UCAGCAUUAGCCCUAAUCACUGUUCUCUCUCUAUCUCCCAGAGAAAAACAACGCCGACAUCAUUCCUUCAUUCAUACACACUACUCAAAAGAUACUCCGGUGACCAUACUCCAACGCCGGUGAACAUUCUCAUAAAACAAACAGAGAAAGGAAGAAAUCUGAGACUCAGAAAGGAAAAUGAAAAGGCAGGAAACACUUCUCACUGUGUCUGAACAAAAGAAAAAAUUCGAACAAGAUAAUGAAGAAGGAAACGACGUCAUCCAGCUCGUGGUGAUUCCACCGCCGUGCUGGUCGCCUCGAGCACCGCCAGGGUCACUGCGCGCGACGUUCACUGACUCUGUAAACCAAGCAAGAACCUAAGAAGAAGAAGAAGAAGAAGAAGAAGAAGAAGAAGAAGAAGAAGAAGAAGAAGCAAGAAGCAAGAAGCAAGAAGAAGAAGAAGAAGAAGAAGAAGAAGCAAGAAGCUAAGAAUGAGUGAAGAGGAACUAGGUACUUUCUCAAUGAUGGAUCCUUUGGAUAUGAUAGAUCCUUGGGAUAUGAUAGACUUGGAUGCGGAUAGAAGGAAUAUGGUAGAGCAGUGUGCCAUUGACGUGGGUGGCAAUCAACCACCUCAGCUACAGCCGCAGCCGGAUGUAAGGGAGAUUACAGUAGCUCAGUUUUUCAGUGACACGUGUGGUUAUCAACCACAUCAGUCUCACCCUCAGUUCGAUAUGGUUCUUGCUGAGUGUUUGCCAGAACCUCAGCCUCAGCCUCAGCCUCAGUCCCACCCUCAUCCUCAGCAGUUUCAGCAGUUUCUUGCUGAUUGUGGUUAUCAACUACCUGAGUCUCAGCUUCAGCUCCAACCUAUGCAACCUCAGGUCUGGACUUGGGAGGAGAACAAAGCCUUUGAGUCAGUUAUUGCCAAUUGUUUUGAGUAUGCUAAACGCAACCGCUGGGAGCUGAUUGCUGCUCGUCUCCCUGGAAAGACCCCGGCGCAACUGCAAGAACGCUUCAAGAAGCUGAUGAAGGACAUCAAUGUCAUCCAUAACGGUUAUACUUCAAACACUCCUCUGAAUACUGCAUUUGAGAACAUGACUAUGACAAUGGCUGCUCCUACCACCACAUUGGAACACAACCCUGUCUCCAUCCCCAUCAUCAAUGCAACAACAACAACCCCACCACCACCGCCUUAUAACACUGAUCAUCAACAUCACAGGGCGGAGGUAGUCGUCGCCACAGCAGAGAAGGCAGCACCAAUGGAGGCAGCAACAAGGGAACAAAGCCAAUCUGCCAACACCAACAAUACAAAGAAAUUUUCUCGUUGGACUGAAGAUGAGCAUAGGAAUUGUACCCUAAUCCAAAGGGUUUAAUAGAUGGAGGAUUUGCUUAAAGGAGGAAGAACAUGUAAAUGUACUAAAGAUUUUUAUUUAGGUUGAAAAAUGAAAAUAUAGGAACAAUGAGGUAGGAAUACAAGACUUGUCUGUGAACAGGAACAUUCUAGAUAUAAUUGUAAUUCAUAAUUUUUCUUAUUAAUAAUAUUUGAUUCCUAGCUCUUUGGCCUUGAUGGCAAUGCUGAAGGAGACGGUGAGCUAGUUUCUAUCUAGAGUCUCGAUGGCUAUGCCGAAGGGGCUUUGGAUGGGAGUGUAAGUUAUUAGUUUAAAAUAUAUUAAUUAUAAGAACUUUUUGAAAGCAUUUGA